AUGCAGAGCCGGACACAGCUCUUGACGCCUUCUGCUCUGCGCCUCGACUCCCGCCUGCCCCUCGAGCUGCGGUCCCUCGACUUUCAGAUCCUCCCCUCGCCUCCUUCUCCCUCGACUUCCUCCUCUUACGCCGCAACACACCCUCCUGCCAAGGCUGACGGGUACGCUCUGGCGUCCCACGGUCUCACCACCGUCUCAUCAUCCGUCUUCGGACCGCGGGAACCGCAGCGCACCGGACCUUGGAGCUCGACUGGGACGGGCCAGGGUGCAGGAGGAGGUAUAGGACAGGCCGCGGGAGGUCAGCAGAAGGGAGAUCGAGGGGGUGUGAAUGUUGAAGUCGGCGUUGCGGCCUGGGGAGAGCGUGUAGGGCAAGGCGGUUCGAGUGAGGGCGGUCUGCGGCGAGGUGGAAAGGAUCGACGGACGAUCGAGCUCGCUGCUGCCGUCAAGAAUACCUUCGAACCCGUGCUCCUCCUCCACCUAUACCCUCGCUCCUCCAUCGACAUCUACCUCCAGAUUCUCGAAAACGACGGAUCUGUCCUCCAAGCCGCCAUCAACGCCACCUCUCUCGCCCUCAUCUCCGCCGGCCUUCCCCUCUCCGACUAUGUCUGCUCCCUCUCGCUUGCAUCCUACCCGUCCAUCCCUCCCCUCGGUCCUCCCCAGAUCCCUCCCUUCGACCUCGUCACUCCCGCCGCCGCGCACACCAACUCGAACGACCCGACCCGAACAGGCGGCAGCGGCAGCACGACGAUCCUCGAUCUCCUCGCGGCUGAGGAGACCGCGUUGCCAAACCUCACGAUCGCCGUACUCCCGCGAAGCGGCAAAGUCAGCUUGAUCAACCUCGAGACGCGGCUCGGCGUCAAUCGCUUCGAGGAGCUGCUCAAGUGGGGAGUCGAGGGGUCGAAGGUCGUGCAGGCGGCGAUGCAGGAGGCGGUGGAGCGCUGGGCAGCUAGUUUGGCGGCGCCGAGAGGAACUUUGGGAACGCUCUUUCCUGGCCUCGCAGCGGGCAAGGGCGCGGAUGAGGAGGAUGAGGAGUUGGUCUAG